CAACAACUCCGGCCGCAUCUGCCUCAUCAACUUUCACCUGGUUUGCAUCUCUCCAAAUUCCCAUCUUUGUCGUGUCUUAGAUUUCACUCAUGUGGCCCUCCAAGAUUCUUGCUCUGCAUCUAUAUUGCAUCUCUCUCUCUCUCUCUCCAUCACCAACCACCACUUUUGCAUUUUAUUCGUUGACAUCGUCAACUUCCUACCCAUGAUUCUUGCGGGCAACCACGCCCUUAAUACGCUAGCUCUCACUGAUUGCAUUUAUUAUUUAAGUGCGGAAGGGGCGUGGUCUUUUUGGUUUUGCAACACUCAUAUGGGAUUGAAGGGAAAGAGUAAAAGAUGGGUGAUGUAGCUAAAGAUCUAAGCGCUGGGACUCUGGGAGGGGCAGCACAGUUGAUAUGCGGGCAUCCGUUUGACACCAUUAAGGUCAAGCUCCAAAGUCAACCUGUUCCGCUUCCUGGACAGGCUCCAAGAUAUUCUGGUGCCAUAGAUGCCGUGAAGCAAACAUUAGCUGCCGAAGGUCCAAGGGGUUUGUACAAAGGCAUGGGAGCCCCGCUUGCUACUGUGGCAGCCUUUAAUGCAGUGCUCUUCACUGUUCGUGGCCAAAUGGAGGCGUUCUUGCAGUCUUCUCCUGGUACUCCUCUUACUGUCGGCCAGCAGGUUGUUUGUGGAGCUGGAGCUGGUGUCGCUGUUUCCUUCCUGGCUUGCCCCACUGAAUUGAUCAAGUGCAGAUUACAAGCCCAGAGUUCAAUUGCAACUAUUGGGCUGGCAGUUCCAUCUGGGGUGGGUGUUCCAGGUGCUGCUGUUGCUGUCAAAUAUGGUGGGCCGAUGGAUGUGGCAAGACACGUUCUUCGGUCAGAAGGAGGUGCGAGGGGUCUGUUCAACCCAACCUUUGCGCGUGAAAUUCCUGGAAACGCAGCUAUGUUUGGCGUGUAUGAAGGACUGAAGCAGUAUCUUGCAGGAGGGCAGGACACUUCUAGUUUAGGAAGAGGUUCACUAAUACUAGCCGGGGGGUUGGCCGGAGCUUCAUACUGGGGUUGUGUUUAUCCAACAGAUGUUGUCAAGAGUGUGCUGCAAGUCGAUGACUACAAGAACCCCAAGUAUUCGGGCUCUGUUGAUGCAUUCAGAAAGACAUUCAAGUCCGAAGGAGUUAAGGGCCUGUACAAGGGAUUCGGGCCUGCAAUGGCCCGUAGUAUUCCUGCAAAUGCUGCUUGCUUCUUGGCAUAUGAAGUUACUAGGUCUAGUUUAGGAUGAUUACCAAUUGUAUUUAGGGGUGAGCAAAAUAAUCGAAACAGAAUAAUUGAACUAAUGCAAACUGAAAUUUUGAAA